ACAACAUGGCGGAUUCUUGUCGUCCUGCUAGUCGUCAUGGAGGGAGGUACAGCGCAAAUCAUGACCAUGCAGACGUCCAGUACUCUGACAAUCUUCCGUCUUACUCUACAGUGGAAUACAGAAAUGUUGACGAAAUGUAUAGACAAAACCACAGUCCUGUCCUAAUGGAAAGAACAAUGGAACGUCCAAGAACUGGACGAGGCUAUAGACGAAUUCGACCGCAAUCUCGUGGAGGCAGAGAAGAAAUUUUUGAUGAAACAAAAACUGGAAGACCUACUUCAAGAGUUGGAUUUAGACCUGAUACAUUUGAUAGACAUGACUAUGAUGAAUUUUCAAGACAAGAACCAAGAGUUGUCUCUGAGAGUAGUGAUUCAGAAAAUUCUUCGCCAGGGGGAGGUAAUAACUCUCCAAUUGGAAACAGUCCCUCGCAAAAGAUGUCACCAUCACAAAUGUCUGUAUCACCAGCUGAGGGAUAUUUGUCUGCUCAGUCACCCUCUGCAUUUAGAUUAUUAUCUAGAGAAACUGUUAACCAGAGAAGUCCUCUUGGAAGUCCAUACCAAACACAAACAAAUCAAAGGAGUCCAUUAAGUAGUCCACCUUAUCAAGGAGAUCCUGGAAUUCAGAAAAGCCCCCUGGGAAGUCCUUACCACAGUCAUCGAUCACCUAGACGACAACAACAACAACAGCCUGAUUAUCCUAAUGAGGAACAAGUUUUUGACUUUGAUGGCAAUUCAUACGACAAAAGAUAUGAGAAUCCCCUGUCUUAUACAGGAAAUGAACAAUAUCAGUACACUGAUACUCAACAUCAGGAUAGCCAAUCAUAUGGUGAUUAUGGGGUAUCCUCAGAAAAUCCACCAGAUGGGUAUGCCCCAAUUUUAAGUGGUAAAAAUAGAUAUAAAUAUGGACAUUAUCAGAAUGUGGAUAAUUCAGAUACAUAUCAGUCAGAUGUCAUGCCUGUUCAUGAAGAGCCUCAAACUCCUAGACCCCCAUCUUCUAGACCACGGUCAUCACGACCAAAGUCUGCAAGAAAGAGACCACAAAGUGGUAGAAAACGGCAGGAAGAGCAAUAUGUAAAUGAUGAUGCUUAUAGCCAGGCUGCUGACUCAACAAUGGUACGACCUCAUUCUUCCUUCUUACGAUACAAACCACUUCCUGCAAUAGGAGCUAAUGAAACAAUGUCCAAUCAGGAAAGAGCUGAUGAACUUGCUGAACAAACAAAACAAUUGCAUUUACACGAGCAGCAGAGAUCAGGAUCAGCUGCUAGUAAAGGCUCAGGAUCAUUUACUCAACAGCCAUUUUCGUCAGCAAAAGACAUAUUAAACAGUGGGCCGGAUAAUUUGCAGAAUACAACAGAUCAGGAGGAUUCAGGUGCUAACGAAGACCAAGAAUUUCAACAUUUCAGACCUCAUAGAUUGUCAGACGAACCGGGAGAUAAUGAAGAAAGACUGUUAUUGGCUGUUAAACUUCCAGAUGGUAAACGGGUCCAGCGGCAUUUCCGCAUCACUGAAAAGUUAGAGUCAGUGAAACAAUACGCUGAAAAUGUUCUAUGUUCAGAUUUGUCACAGUAUACUUUAUCUUGUAAUGCACCAAGAGCUGUUUUUACGGACUUGUCCCAGCUCAUUGGUGAAGCAGGGUUGCAAGAUAGAACUUUACUUUUAUUGGUGGAAAGAUAAGACUUGAGUUAUUUUUAGAACAAAAUAUUUAAAUGGGGGUCAAAAUUUAGUUGUUUAUAAGGAUUUUGAAUCUCAUUUUUUUGUUUAUUGCCUGUUAAAAUAUUUUGAUUUUGUAACAGUUAGUAAAUUACAUCUUAUUAAGGAUUGUUCAUGAAAUCUUGAAUUCAUCAAUUUUAUUGGCAUUAGAUAACAGUUCUACCCUAUGAUGUCAAAAUAAUUAUUUAUAUAAACUAUAAGAAAAUGCAAAAAUUUUAAAUAACAUGUUCAAUAAAGAGAAUGCCUAUGUUGUCAAAAAUACACGUCUAUGAUCAUGUUAGAAUUCUUCAAUAAUACGUAAAUAUAAUUUCAAUAAUUUUUGAUAUAAUGCAGAAAUUUUAAAGUGAAUGAGAAUUUCACUUUAUCCAUAUAAAGAACUAUCUUUGAUAAAGUAUAUAUUAUAAAUGAAAAUAAUCUGUUAUUAUGAUCAGUUAAAAAUUUGAAAUAUUUAAAGCUGUUUAGUUGCUUUUCAAUUGAACCCUUACAUGAUUUUGAAACUAUUUUUGAGUAUAUUUGAAAAUGCUGUACUCAAAGAAUGCAAGACAUUGACAAAAUUUUCAUGAUUCAUAAUUCAUUGAUAAAUGUUAAGUUGUCAUGAUUAGGUCUGUUUCUGAUAUUUUAAAAGCAAUAGGUCAAGAAUGUGUUGUAUAUAGAAUGAUUGUAAGGUGUACAAAUCCAUCUUUCAUGGUUGUUCAGACAUUGACCUUGUUUUCAUGGACAUAAUUUGAUAGUAUUAAGUUAUUGUGAUAUCUUUUGUAAAACUUAGAUUUUAAAGACUUUUAAUAUUAACAAUUAUCAGGAUCAAUAACACAGGCUAAACAUUUGAGUUUGUUUACACUCUUUCAGUUUCAACAGACUGGGUUUUUUUUUAAAUUUAUUUGCAUUUGACAAUAGUAUCUUGCUUUACCAAAGACACAGCAUGUAUAGACAUUGGCACUUAUCAUGCUUAUAUAUAUUUUUUUCUUUUUUGGGGGGAAAUUUAUACACACUGUGACAGUAUAUUGUGUUUUUUGUUUUACUACUUGUAAAAUUAGAAUUUUGUAUAUUUUUUUUCGAUUUAUUUAACACUUUGACAAAUACUUUUUGGUACAUAUUGUUUAUAAAUUGUGUAAAAGAUUAAACAUUUAAAAAAAUCUCAUGUAAUACCCCAUCAUAAAAGUCUUUUAACUAAGACUUUUGGUGAUUCAAUGCUUGCCAUAUUUAUUUUUGUAGACAACUGUCUAUUGUUUAAGACUAUAUCUUGACUAUUAUAUGUCUUUUGUGUCUUUUUUUUUGUCAUGGGUUGCUGUCUAAUAAAUUGACCUAUACCCCACAUCUACUUUUGUUCAGCUUCCUCCACCAAUAAAAAUUAAACACAUUUUAAUUGGUGGAGGAAGCUGAAAGCUUGAAGAGAACCACAAGUUUUGCCUG